UAUCUUCCCCUACGAUACCAAACCUGGAGAAACAGCAGGCUAAAAAAGGAGAGAGUGAAAGAGAGUGAGAGUGAACGAGAGAGAGAGAGAGAGAGAUAGAGAGAGCAGGUGUGUUAAUUUGGAGUGAAGUAUCCGUGUCAUUGCUGCUCCAUUUCUUCUCUAUUUGUCUCUUAUGCUGAGCUUUAGUCAGGAACUUUGGAGUUUUGGUAACAGCUUUUGGUGACUGUCUGAGCUUCUGUGUCUUAUUCUCUAAAUGUACAGAGUGGUUAAAAUGGCAGGUAAGGUUCCAGCACUCCCAGAAUCCUUUGCUCCGAGUCCUGACAGUGUCUUCUCUGACCAGUUUGGAUUCUACUCUUUGGACUCGAACGUUCCCGGCCUCUCCAAAGUCAUCCUGGACAACCUGAACAUGAAGGACUACUCCGAGUACAGAGCGGCUCUGGAGGGGAGGGGGAAAGUCGGCUUCCGUUCUCAUAAGGAGAUGUUUCAGAAAAUGGAGGAGACGUUUAAAUUCUGUUCCUGCUGCUCUAAACUCCCGGCCAAUCUGCCUGAUCCCUCAGUGCUCCGACGCUGCGCCAAGUGUCUGAAUGUGUACUACUGCAGUAAAGAGUGUCAGAAGAAGGACUGGAGUCUCCAUAAGAAGUUCUGUAAGAAGCUGCGGAUGGUGGCCAUAGACAGGCUGGUAGACUGGCUGGUGCACACAGGAGACCUGCCCUUCCCCACAGAAAUAUGGUCUCGUCCUGCUAAAGAGGUUCGGUGCUGGGAGGAUUGGCUCUCCAUGCAGGGUGACCUCACGGCCCGGAUGGAGCCCAUCCUGUCUGGAAAGAACAUGACAGACCUCUGGAACAAUGCCUGCCGGCCACGCCCUGAGGAGGCGGAGCUUCGUGAAUCUGUGUGGCGUGUGUGUAGCGAGUUCCUCUCACGUCCACUGACGAUGGGUCUUGGUAUUCGGAUGUUUCGUCUGGACCCGUAUUCCCGACCUCUCACCAUCCACCUGGUAGGGGCUGGACAUAAUGAGACCCUGGGUGCGAGGACGACGGAUCUGGAUGAGCUGAGUCGUAUGUUCCCUGGACAUCAGGGCCUGGAGGUGGUCAUGGUGGGGCCGGAGGUAGUGAAAGGGCGGAUUAUGAGGCCUCCAUUAAGGGCGUUUGGUCCACGAGGACGCGUCUACAUCAGCGCCUACAAGGGUCUGUACCAUGAGUUCUGGGAGGAGCUUGUGGAGAAAGGAGAAGCAGCCAGACCAGACCUUGUGGUGGGGUUUCAUCCAGGGUUUCAUGCAUCUCAGGGUUUGGGAGAAGGCUGGCUGCCCACGCUGCUGCUGCUCAGAGAUUACAGCAUUCCCUCAAUGUUCACCAUGUACAACGAUGGAGAGCUGAAGUACUCCAUGCAGAUCUUGAUGGAGUUGGAGAUGGACAUUAAAGGCACUGGGCCGAACCCUUUCAGUUCCCAGAAGCCUGAGCAGGUGCAGUCGAGUCCCAACAAAGAGCCGAGCUACUGCAAUGCCUUCUACCUGAACUUCCAGGGCCUGCUGGAGGACAAGCUGGAGGAGGAGGACUAGAACUUUCACAAACACCUUUAACUUCUCAUCUCAUAACUGGAGCACAGAUGAAUGUUUGACAUCCAAACAAACAAUUCUCAGGAACUAUCUCCACAUAAAUCUCUGAGGAACCUUUAAUCUCCACAAAGGAAUUCUGAGGAACCUUCAAUCUCCACAAACCAGGAGGUACCUUUAAUUUCCACAUAAAUCUCUGAAGAACCUUUAAUCUCCACAAAGGAAUUCUGAGGAACCUUUAAUCUCCACAAACUCAGAGGAACCUUUAUUUUCCACAUAAAUCUUUGAAGAACCUUUAAUCUCCACAAAGGAAUUCUGAGGAACCUUUAAUCUCCACAAACAAACUCUGAGGAACCUUCAACCUCCACAUAAAACUCUGAGAAACCUUUAAUCUCCACAAAGGAAUUCUGAGGAACCUUUAAUCUCCACAAACUCAGAGGAACCUUUAAUUUCCACAUAAAUCUCUGAAGAACCUUUAAUCUCCACAAAGGAAUUCUGAGGAACUUUAAUCUCCACAAACAAACUCUGAGGAACCUUCAACCUCCACAUAAAACUCUGAGAAACCUUUAAUCUCCACAAAGGAAUUCUGAGGAACCUUGAAUCUCCACAAACAAACUCUGAGGCUGUUUAAAUAUUCAUAUACAAGAUCUAGAGAACAUUCUUUCUCCACUAACGAGGUUGAAAGAGCCUUUAAUCUCCAAAAGCACGCUUAGAAAUACCUUUGAUCUGUAACCUUCAAUCACCAAGAACACACCCCAAGGAACCAUCUUCAAAAUCUAGCUCUACAGGACCUGUAAUUUUCACAAACAAGUUCCAAGGAACAUCUAGUCUCUAUAAAUCAGUAGAACCUGUAGAAUGUUUAUCUCCUGUGGAACCUCUAAUCUCCUGAAGAACUGGAAAUCUUCAAAAAGAAGUUUUGUAAAAUGUUUCAUUUCCACAAAUAUGCUAUCAGGAACCUACGCUGAGAAAAAAAAUUCUACGGAACCUUCGAUCUUUACAAAUAAAAUCUGAGGCUGCUACAAUAUUCAAAAAUAAGAUCUGGAGAACCUUGUUUCAACCUUAACAAGGCCCAGGUAACCUUUAAUCUUUACAAACAAGUUUCUCUGUAUCUUCAUUCUCCAGAAACACACUAAGUAGAAUAUCAGCAAGCAAGCUCUGAGCAGUCUAUAAUCUCCUGAAGAUUGUUAAAGCUCCAAGAUGAAGUACGAUAUCAACACGAUCAAUACGAUAUCAGGAAGGAACCUUUAAUCUCCACACAAGAAUCACACUUUAAGGAACCUUUAAUGUCAGGAAACGAGACGUACUGAACCUUUAAUCUUCAAAGACACACCCUGAGGAACCUCUAAUCUCUGCUCGUGAAGGAAGCUGCAGAUCCAGUGUUUAAUCCGAAGGUUCCUCUGAAAUGAUUUUCAACAUGUAGAUGUUCUCAGCACAUGGUGAUGGAGCUGAUUAUAGAAUUUCUUUUACAAAUGGACUGAAGUCUGUUUUUCUUUUUGUUGUGUGAUUUCAGGCGUUAGGGUUCAUCAGGUUCAUUCAUCUUCUCAUGAAGCUUCAGUGUUAAUCUGCGCUGCCCUCUAGUGGACACACUGAGCAGCUGCACCUUUAUAAAUCAUGUAGAUGUGUUGAUGAAACUGGGCUGAAAAUGGAAUGUCCAGCUGUCAGCCUCAUCCUCCUCUCUCCUAACUUUUUUAACCUUUUAUUUUUUUAUUUUCAUCCCUCCAUCCUCACUCGUUCAGGAAAAGCGCAUGUAGUCCAUUAUAUAGAUUAAAGCUGUUUACAUCUCAGCGCUGUUUGAUUCUGGAUUCUGAUUGGUCAGAAUGUGUUGAUUCAUUUUUUAGUGCAGCUGCAAAUAAACAGAUUAAAAAUGUGUGUAAUCGUUGAUGUGGUGAAGUUUUCUUAAAGUAAGGAGAUGUUUAUGUAACAUUUAUGAAAGGAAGGAGUCUCCAGUGUUAGAGGUAAAGCUGUAACUUUAAGUUUUCCGACAUCUUCAGGACGGAGGAGUUUACGCUUCUUUGCGGCUUCUCGCUAACAGAGAGAGAGAAUAAAGAGAGGCUGGUGAGGGAACGAGUGUUUAUAGCUGCUAUAACAUAAGUGACAACAGGAACUCACUCGUUUCAGCGACACUAAAUGUAAUUAUAAAUGGAUUUUUUAAAAAAAGCAUGUAUUGUUAUUUUAUGUAUCUUUUUAAAUUGUUGACAAAAUCACUGUGGUGUAAGAGGAAUAAAACCAGAGAGAAUAAUCAUGUAUAUUAUUAUAAUAAAUAUGUCCUCUUCUUCA